AUGGCGAGCCAAUCCUGCCACAUCAGCUCUGGCUGUGGGGUCAAGAACUUCAGCUCCCGCUCUGCCACUGUGCCCAAGCCUGGGUAUCACAGCUGUGUCAGUGCCAUGGCCCAUCAUGGGGUCAGCCCCGGGGGGCUAGGCUACAGGCGCCUCGGAGGCUUUGGCAGUCAGAGCCUGUGUACGGUGGGGUCUCCCCGGAUCGCGGUGAGUUGUAGAUGGCCCCUACACAGCAGGGGCAGGUUUGGCUACUGGGCAGGGGGCCUUUGCAGGCCUAGCCCACCCCGCAUCACAUCUGUUACCAUCAACGAGAGCCUCCUCACGCCCCUCAACCUAGAGAUCGACCCCAAUGCCCAGUGUGUGAAGCAUGAGGAGAAGGAGCACAUCAAGUGUCUCAACAAGUUUGCUGCCUUCAUUGACAAGGUGCGCUUCCUGGAGCAGCAUAACAAACUGCUGGAGACCAAGCUGCAGUUCUACCAGAACCGCAAGUGCUGCGAGAGCAACCUGGAGCCCCUGUUGCAGGGCUACAUGGCGACUCUGCGGCGGGAGGCUGAGUGCGUGGAGGCCGACAGUGGCAGGCUGGUCUCAGAGCUCAACUGCAUGCAGGAGGCGCUGGAGGGCUACAAGAAGAAGUAUGAAGAAGAGCUGGCCCUCAGGGCCACAGCUGAGAACGAGUUCAUGAUGCUGAAGAAGGAUGUAGACUGUGCCUAUCUGUGCGAGACGGACCUGGAGGCCAAUGUGGAGCCGCUGAAGGAGGAGUCAGUCUUCCUGCAGUCACUCUACGAGGAGGAAAUCUGCCUCCUUCAAUCACAAAUCUCUGACACCUCCAUGGUGGUGAAGAUGGACAACAGCUGGGAGCUCAACAUGGACUUGGUUGUGGCUUAGAUCAAGGCUCAGUAUGAUGAUAUUGCCAGCUGCAGCCGGGUGGAGGCUGAGACCUGAUACCAAACCAAGUGCAAGGAGGUGAAGGCCACAGUGACCCAACAGGGUGAGAACCUCCGCAGAACCAAGGAUGAGCUCAACGAGCUGAACCGCAUGAUCCAGAGGCUGACGGCAGAGGUGGAGAACGCCAAGCAGCAGCGCUGCAAGCUGGAGGCUGCGGUGGCCCAGUCUGAGCAGCAGGGUGAAGCAGCCCUCAGCAAUGCCCACUGCAAGCUGGCUGAGCUGGAGGGCGCCCUGCAGAAGGCCAAGCAGGACAUGGCCUGCAUGCUCAAGCAGUACCAGGAGGUGAUGAACUCCAAGCUGGGCUUGGACGUGGAGAUCGCCACUUAUCGCAAACUGCUGGAGGGCGAGGAGAUCCGGCUGUGUGAAGGCGUGGGCUCAGUCAAUAUCUGUAACCGUUCCCAGGGUGGUGUGGUCUGCGGGGACCUGGACUCCAGUGCCUCCCGUGGCUCAGGGGGUGUGGCCAUCAGCAGUGGUGCGCUGUGUUGCCCCUCUGCAGUGGGGGCCUGCUCCAGUGCCCAAUCUGUGCGACGGGCGACCCCCGAGGGUCUUUAUAAAACCUCUGUGCCAGGACGCACUAGGCAACUAGACUUCGGAGAGGAGGGCGCCGACCCCGGCCACGGUGCUAUGGGCAUGUCACGGGGCAGCCCUGAGCAGCCAAUAACCCCCAAACACCCUGCCCACUACCCCAAAACGGCGGGCAGGUGGCGCCCAGCUCGCCCUCCCGUCCCUCCCGGCGCCCAGGCCCCAGGCCCCUCACCACUGGGGUUAGAGGCUAAGGGCGGGACGCGGGGCGUCUCGGGCAGGGGUGAAGGAGAGCAGCCGGGGCCCAGGCGUAGAGGGCGGGCGCGUUUAAGAGAGGCGCAGGCGGCGGGAUCCCGGCGGACGGCAGAAGACUCGGGAACCAGUCCAGAGGCGCCGAGGCGCGAACCUUGCGUGAGCCAAGGACCCAAGGCCCCUGUGGACCUGAUCCCGUGGGCUCCAGCAGGGCCCGCGCCGUGCAUCUGGAGAUGCGCCCAGGAUACCCGGUGGCUGGACGUGACGGUGGGCAGGCAGGCAGGGCAGGGCACGGGGCGACCCCUGAGCAAAGCGAGGGUGGGGGUAGGAGGGGUGUGGCCCCUGACUCUCCUGGGUGGGGAGAUGGGGGACAACGGUGGCCUCAAUGGGAGACGGGGCCAAAGGCCCAAAGAACUGGGAAAAAGGAGGCAGCAGGCAAGAGACCUGGAGGAGGCCCGCCAGGUGUCAGCCAGCAAACCUCAAACAGAGCAGCAGCCUGAGCACUCAGAAGCAGCCAGCAGCCUCCAGUGGGGCUACAGCCCUUUGGGCCUGAAGUGA